AUGAGACCUACCCAGAUCCUUCGCGGGGGCGGUGCGCCCGACCCCAAGACCGGACACUAUAUUGGUGACUGGGGCUCCAUUGGUGGUGCCAACAAGCAGAAGGGCAUUGUCCAGUGGGGUCUCUCUGCCAACCGCCAGAACCCAUUUGCUGGCGCGACCUACGAUGCUGUCUUCAACACCUUCCGCCGCACCAAGUCCCAGAUCUUCUACUGGCUCCCCGCCGCUUUUGCCGGCUACUACAUCCUGAACUGGGCCACUGAGCGCAACCAUUAUCUCAACUCCAAGGCCGGUCGCGCUGAGUUUGCGGACGAGGAAUAG